AUGAGAUACAGUGCGGGUGUCGGCGUGUUUUGGUUGAUUUACGCUGGCCUUCUCUGUGAGGAGGAUGUUGGUGUGUGUGAGCAGCAGCCAUGCCAAAAUGGUGGCGUCUGCCAGCGACAAAGCAGUGGCUUCAGAUGCCUUUGCUCCCAGAGCAGCCAAAACGGCCGGCUGUACGGCGGCGAGACCUGCGCAGACGCGCUCUCCGGCUGCGACGACCACCGCUGCGAGAAUGGAGGAAUAUGCUGGCCCCUGCUGGUCCAGGACCAGCACACAUACUGGUGUGGCUGCCUGGCGGGCUUCUCCGGGACCCGCUGCCAGACCCCUACCGCCUUCUCCUUCCAGGGGAGUGGAGGCUUCCUGCGAGUAGAGACCCCGGUCCGAGGGGCCCCACUGCGGCUGGCCUUCAGCUUCAGGACACGGGGGCUCGCCGGCACCCUCCUGCAGCGCAGAGUGGACCACCUGCUGCUCACAGUGGAGCUGCUCAGUGGCCAGCUGCGCAUCAGCGGCCGCAGAGGUCAAGGGUUAAACACCACGCUGGUCCAGGAGCUCCAGGGGAACGUUUCAGAUGGCGAGUGGCACGCGGUGGAGGCCUCUCUGAGCGCAGGGGGCAGCUGGAUCCGACUGCUCUGUGCAGGGGGUUGUUGUGAUGCGUGCCAGAUCCUCUUCCUGGGGGCCCCGGGUCUGACCCCGGGCGUUGGGGAGGAGGCCCCGGCAGCGUUCCGGGGCUGCUUCCGGGACGUGGUGGUGGACUCAGAGCUGGUGCUGCCCAGGGGUCCGGGGCCGGAGGCUGAAGUGACCCAGGUGAACGUCACCAUGGGAUGCACUGAUGAGGACCUGUGUGGGGGGGCCCCAUGCGGGGGCCGGGGCCGCUGUGUGGCCGAGGGGUGGAGGGACUACAGGUGUGUGUGCCACAGACCCUACCAGGGGGCGGACUGCCAAAGGGGUGAGUACGAGGCCAUGGUAGACAUAUUUGUAAGGCGUAAGUACGUCCCGGCCCGGUUUGGAGCGGGCUCCCUGGAGAGUUACAGUGUGUUCUCUCUGGUGGACCCCCCCUCCACCCUGGCAUCAGACCAGCAGCCCCCCACCCUGGUCGUGUCCAUGUUUGUGCACACCGAGCUCCCCAGCGGCCUGCUGCUGGUCCUGGCCAACAGCAGCAGCCAGUACCUCCAGGUGUGGCUGGAGGAGGGCAGGGUCAAAGUUCAACUAAACGGCCAUGAGAGUGUGAGGGGCGAGGCCGCUUCCGCAGACGGCCGCUUCCGCCUGCUGACCGUCGAGGUCUGGGACCACGUGGCCGUCCUGACCCAGGCAGGCCACACCCAGGCCUCCGUCAGCAUCCGGCCGGUCCAACCUCGCCCUGGGGACAAGGUGUUUAUCGGGGGCCUGCCGGACCCCCGGGCCGCAGCCGUGUUUGGGGGCUACUUCAGGGGCUGCGUCCAGGACCUGAGGAUCAACGGCCGGCCGCUCCAGGUGUUUCCCCUCCCUGGCUCGGUGCCUGCUGAGUCCCACCGCCUGGAGCAGAGCGUCCACGUGAUCCCGGGCUGUGGCAGCGACUGCGCCGGGGCACCUUGUCUGAACGGGGGGGUGUGUGACCCCCGGGGGGAGGACUGCAGCUGCCCGCCCGGCGCGGCAGGGAGGCACUGUGAAGAGGUGAGAUGGUGUGAGUUGUCCCCCUGCCCCUCCUCGGCCGUCUGCGCGUCGCUCCCACACGGCUUCCAGUGCCUGUCCAACGUGACGCUACGAGAUGGAGCUUUCGGUGGCAACGUUCUCUGUUACCGUGGCAACGGGCACAUCACGCGGCCCUUGACAAGCCUGCUCCUCCGCCUGCGCACAAGACAGACGGACGCCACCGUGCUCCAGGCACGCCGGGGCUCCACCCCCCUACUCACCGUCUCCCUGCGGGGCUCGCACCUCGCCAUGGAGCUGCAGGCAGACGGGGAGGUCGCCGCCGUGUCCGUGCAGAGCGGCGGCCCUGUGGCAGACGGCCGCUGGCACACUGUGGAGCUCCGCAUGGAGACGCCUGCCGCCGAGAGGUCGCGGUGGGUGGUGGAGGACGAUGGACGGAGGGCGGAGGCGCGGCUGUCAGAUGCCGUGGGGGGCAGUUUGGACUUCCUGCGGGAAGGAGUGGACAUCCUGCUGGGCGCUGGAAACUCUGGGGAAGGGCUGGACGGGUGCCUAGGCCCCCUGGAGAUCGGGGGGAUCCCCCUGCCCUUCCACAAAGAUGAGGAGCUGAGUCUGCCCCGACCCCAGAAGGAGCAGUUCCUUCUGUGGAAGGUGGAGGCGGACACGUGCUGGGACCACCGCUGCGGCCCCGGGGCCACCUGCCUCAGGGGGGUAGAGGGCUAUGGCUGCCUGUGCCCCCGCAACAUGACCGGGCCGUACUGCUCGGAGAAACUCCCUGUGAUCCCGUGGUACGUGGAGAUAAAACCACGUCCUGAGCUGCCGGUGGUUGAGUGCAAGGGGCGCGGGUGGAACUACAGCUGUUUCCACGGGGGCUCGUGUUCAGGAGGGGCCCUGAUCUGUCACUGUGCUGCUGGCUUCACAGGACACUGGUGUGAGACGGAUGUGGACGAGUGUGCGUCGGACCCCUGCAUGCACGGGGGGCUGUGCCUGGACCAGCAGGCCGGCUGGGAGUGUGUGUGCGAUCAGAACUACUGGGGCCUCCACUGCCAGAUGGAUGCCAGUGACUUCCACCUCUACCUCUUCCUUGCUCUGUGGCAGAACUUCCUGCAGCUCUUGUCUUACCAAAUGUGGCACCUGGAUGAAGUCCCAGAGAUAGAGUGGGCCAACCAAGUGGAGGAUUAGGGUGCCCCCUUCCCCCUUUGACAGUGCACAAUCCAAGCGGAUUUAUGAUCAAAGUCUGCAUACAUUAAGGACUUUUCGAAAACAAGGUUCCAAGCAUAAGU